GCAGAUCGCUGGAGGUGUACGCAGUGGACGUUAAAAUGGCUAAACUUGAUGCAAAAACCAAGCUCAUUUUUAUUUUAUUCUUCAUGAAUAUUACUUACUGUAAUAACGCCAGUGAGCCACCUGAUUGUGGAAGGAGACAGGUCAGUUUUGAGGAUGAUGUCAGUUAUGAGGAUAAGGUCACCCAUCCUGGAACUGAAACAAGAUCUUUGGACGGUUUCCUAGCAAUGGGUUUUUGCGGAUUACUUGCUGUAGUCGCAGCUCCAGUAAUACUCCCUGCUGUAGGAUUUACAUCAGGUGGAAUAGCAGCACCAUCCAUUGCAUCAGGCAUGAUGUCUACUGCAGCAAUUGCAAAAUGGUGGCGCUAUUGCAGCAGGAAGUACAGUGGCUGUUCUGCAGUCAGUUGGAGCUGCAGGGUUAGGAGCUGCAGGUACUGCUGCAGCUGGUGGUGCUGGUGCCUUAGUAGGGGCUGCUGUUUCAGAAGCAUUCUAGAGGAUGAAUGGUACUGUAUCUUGGCUGAAUAGUUUAGCCCAUGCAUCAAACUCAAGUUCUGGAGACUAAUUCACUGGAGUGUGGGUAUAAAUCCUGGUCAUGACACUUGUGUGUCCUUGGGCAAAACACUUAUUACUAAAUUUGCUUCAAUUUACAGUGCGUCAUAUACUCAUCAUAUGAUGGCUGAACUGUACAGGAAAGGGAUUAAGGAAGACUGACUUUGAUUUGUGAAGACAAACUAUUGUUUCAAUUAAAGGGAUAAUUUGGGCAUGGACAAUUAAGUAGGAACUUCUAAUAUCUUCAAUAUUACAGAAAUGUUAUUAAACAUUGUCUGUUUUUCUUUGCACGCUAUUUUUGGACCUACAGGGUAGACUUAUGGCCAAUGACAAGAGUUACGAUUUUGCAGUGUAUGCUUAUUACAAGUAAGUGUUUCAUAUGUUUUAAUUGAAUUGCAAAAAAUGUUUGUAUAUUAAAGACCGUGGACAAUAUUGUCAUAGACCAGUAUUCCCACUUAAUGUGACCCACGUCACCCACAUAUAAAUUAAUAAGAAACCUGUGAAAGUUACUCAGUUUGUCAUCGGAGUUACAAGAAACUUGUUCAGUUUUUUUUUCUUCUCAUUUCUCAAAAGUGGUAGCAUUUCAGGCAAAAGUUAUGGGAACAUUUAUAUUAUGUUAUGGGAACAUUUAUAUUUUCAAUCUUGUCAAUAGUGUGCACAACCUUGAAAUGUUGAUUUGCUUAUAAAUUAAGUAAAUUGCUUGCUUUAGUUUUAUUAUUUUCGUACAGUGAACUUGGAAGAUUUUUGAAGCCAGACAUUUGACUGUUAGUUUUUUACAUAAUCACUCAUAUAAUUAAUGGCAAUAAAAACUGUUAGUUUUUAUGGCCAAUAUUUAAUUUGAAUCUGUCUCAGAUUGUGUAUUUGGGAUUGUUCUUCCUGCUUAGACUAUUCGCCUCUGUUUUUCAGCGAUAUCUUGAACAUUUUGAGCUUUGGUUUGUCCUUCAAAUGACAAAGAUCUUCCUGGGUGUUUGAUUAAAUAAAUAAUAAAUGUUUUGCAUUUAUACAAUAAAGAAAAUAUUUCAAUUUGUUGAUAGAUGGAAUGUUCCAUUCAGCUUAGCUCGCCUUUGAAGCAUUCCAUCUAUCAACUUAUGAAUCAAUUCUCAUCAUUGCACGAAUGCAAACAUUCAUUGUUUGUAAAAGUGAAUGCCCUCAAAAUUGUCAAAAUUUAGAAUAUGCAUUAAUAAAAUGUAAUCAAUAUAUAGUAACUGCUUAGAUUAAAAAGUUUAAUUACAUUGGGUUUUUGGUAAAGAACUUUUGUUAUUACACUUCAAUAAAAAUGGACGUAGAAUGUUUCUCAAAUAAAACUUGCAUCCGAGUUUA